AUGGCAAACACCGGUCAAGCGAGUAACUACAAGCAGGGGUAUUCUAGCCAGACUGUCGCAACGCAACAAAUUCGCACAGUCGAGUCGGAGGCUGCUUUUCUACUACCAUACAUCAAAAGGACAGACUGCAUUCUCGAUGUCGGCUGCGGCCCUGGUACCAUUACCACAGGCUUUGUCAAAUAUGCCAGUGAAGGAAGGACAAUCGGCAUCGAUAUUUCGGCAAAUGUCUUAGGCAGGGCCAACGCAGUGGCUGACGAUGCCGGCAUUCCCAGAGAGGGGCCGGGCUGCAUUAUCUUCGAGGAAGGCAAUGUCCUGGAAGGGCUCGCGUUUUCGGACAAUACAUUUGACAUUGUAUUUUGCGCUCAUACCUUUGGGUACAUGCCGCCACCGGACAUGCCACUCAAGGCACUUAAGGAGAUGCGACGGGUACUGAAGCCCGGAGGAAUCUUGGCCACGCGUGAUACUGUCGAACAGCACUUUUACCCGCGGAGUGUGGAUCUCGACCGUCUCUGGGUGGGGAACUUCCGCCGAGCGGUGCUAAAAGGAGAUACUAAAGCAGACCUUUCACCGCCUGUUAUGCCGGCUUUGUUUCGUCGCGCGGGAUUCGAUACUGAUGGCGGCAAGGUUCGUAUCGGCACUGGAAGUACGGUGUUCUCGGGAGCAGACACUCGACGGUGGCUAUCUAAGCGUGCUGAGAGCCAGUUGCAACCCGGUGAUCCCUUAUACCGGAGCUGGCUGGAGGCUGGCAUCACCGAAGACGAGAUACAUGAGACGCUGCUCGCCUCGAGAAAAUGGGCCGAGACGGAGGAUGCUUGGUAUGCGGCGUUGCAGUGCGAGAUGCUCGCCUGGAAGUAG